GAGGGGACAUCUGCUCUGGCGCCCCCUCCCCAUGGAGCAGACAGCCGCACCUGGGGGCCCAUGGCUCCCUUGCAGCCACAGGCAGGCCUUAGCCCUGUACCAGCACCUCUUUGGACGUCCUGCGGCCCUGGGCCAGCUCCAGGCUGCCCUGCAGCAGGUGCGAGAGAGUCGGGCCUGUCACUCAGGACUGGAGCUGCCCACUGUGUUGCUGGAGAUGGAGUGGAGUCGGAGGGCCCAGGAGCAGCUCCUGUGGGACUUGGAGCUGCUGACUGGGGCAGGGCUGAGCCUCUUCUGGCCCCCCUGGGCCCAGUUCUGUGGUCUGAGGGACCAGGCCCAGUGUGUAUGGAGCCAGCGCAGCAAGCCCCACGGUGGGACAGGCGGGGACCCUGAGCGGUGGGCCAGCAGGAGUUCCAGGCUGUGCCCACUGCCUCAGGCUGGGGACUCUCUGAGCCAGACCCACCAGCUUCCAGACGGGGGGCAGGCAGUAGACCCAUCAUGGGCCCUGGAUCUGGGCGAAGCUAGGAGGGACAGAGACCCCCGGUGGGAGAGACCUCCCAUGCCUGCAGAGCCUACACCGGGUGGCUUACAAGAGCCGAACCCCACCACCAGCAGUAGCUUUGGGGACCCAGGAAGCUCUAAGUUCAAGGACCUGGCCCAGAGAGGAGAGAGAAGACAAGCCCGACCUACAGCCCAAAGGCCAUCCACAAGCCUAUGGGGGAGGAAGCUCGUGUCUCUAAGACCCUCAGGCCUGCCCUCCCAGGGCCUGUCAGAACCCCAAGAUCCCCCUGAGGGGCUGGACAGGAGCCUGGGCCAGGAGAGGGCAGAACUUCAGAAACUGCUGAGGAUUGAGAUUCCUCAGAGGCAGAGAGAGCAGGAGCCUCUAGAGCAGAAAGAAGAGCGCCCCGGGGGUCAGAGAGGGGAGGCCCCCAGGGGGGAGAGCAAGGAAGUUCUGAGUCCAGGAGAGAAGAUACACCAGGGUCAGAGUGGGGAGGCUACUCAGGCUCUGAGGGAGGAAGCCUCCGUGUAUCCCGGGGGGAAGGCUCCCCAGAGUGAGAGGAGAGAAUGUCUUCAAGGUCAAAGACACAACAGCCCUGAGUGCCAGAGAAAAGAGGUCCUGCAGGAGCCGCAGAAGGAGACUCAGGGUCUGGAAGUGAAGAGCUUUUGGGCUUCCCCAGGCCGAGUCUCACAAGCCUGGGGGGUGGCUGCGGGAGAGGCGCCCACACAGCCCCCAGAGGAAGGCGGUUCCCCGGGAAUUUCUAGGGAUUUCUGCAAGUCCCCGGGAGAACAGAAGCCUCAGCCUGGGGGAAGGGAGAGCCCUGGCUCCAGGAAAAGGACAACCCAGCUGAUGCAGGGCCAAACUGAUGGCCCAAAGCCGGCCACAGGAGACCCCAGGGCCGCCCAGGACGGGGCGCGGCCUCCCCUUCCACCGCCCAGGCUCCCAGGCCCAGAGGCCGAGGCGCUAGCGGCCCCAGGCAUCGGGGACUUGGGCCCGCAGGGGCACCCCCUGGCUCUCCCAGGGCGCCCAGGGCCGGUGCACGACCCACACGGGCUUCGGGGCCUGGAAGGAAGCCCGGGCACGGAGGAGCAGGUGCCCGGCGGUUCCACUAGGCUCCUGGGCACUGUCGGGGAGCUGAGGGGUGGCGCGGAGGCCCCCGGUGCCUCGAAGGCCGCGUGGCCCAGGCUCCCGGACCGGGAGAAGGUGUCGGUGGCCGUGAGCGCGGCGCAGAAGGAGACUGCCCUGCAGCGGCUGCUGGAGCUGCACCGCGCGGCCAGGCGCCGGGGGCGACAGGCCCGCGAGCAGCAGAGGCUCUGGGUGCGUCCCCGGGCCCCGCCGGGCCAGCCUGGGGCACGAGAGGCAUGA